AAGAUGUUGCGGACAGGAUAGUGUAUAAAUCAGUACUCUAAACAUGUUUUAUUUGGCAUUCGGUUGUACGCUAAGCUUCUAAAAGUAAAGCAGGGUCUCUUUGCGUUGUAAAGUUUUAUUGUAUUUGUCUCAAAAAUUUGACAGAAAGUGAUGAGCAGCUGUUCCACCUGCUCAGUCUGCAGCCCUCCGCUCACUACUUCUUUAGCACAGACGUCCAGCAUGUUGGACGCUGCCGCCGAGCAAAUGAUGGUCGAUAAAGAUUUCCAGGCAGCCUUUGAAACGUGCGAAAGAGGCCUGGAGAUUCUCGCCAGCAUGGACCAAGAGGACAACAGAUGUCGAGAAUUUAAGGCCGGUUUCUGUAUCUUAGGGAUUCAAGCACAGGCUGAGUUAAAUCAGUGGCAUGGUGUCCUCUCCUGGGUGCUUCAACAGUAUGAGCACCUGGAGGAAAUACCGUCUAAAAUAAUGCAGAUGUGCAUACUUCUUUACUCAAAAGUGGGAGAGCCAGCCGCGAUGCAGGAGGCAGCCAGAGUUUGGUUACACUGUCCGUCCAAUGGCAGAGCAACAGGGUUCGGGACGGUGGCAGAGCUGUACUUGCUGCAUGUCCUCGUGCCUCUUGGACACAGAGACGAGGCUCUGGAGCUGAUUGACGGUGAGGUUGGGAGCAUUGCGUUCACAGAGGACCAGAGGCAGACGGCACUGGAUGUUGUGGAAGAAAAAGAGAGACAGGAUCAAGAGCCGCCUCUAAAUCCCAGUCCAAACGCUGAGAUCACUCCACAUACGGUUUCAAGUCAAGGAGCUGUAAUCCAUAAACUUCGAACCAUGCUCAGGUUUUUCUACAGAAAACUUUCGUUGACCAGAUCCGGCUCGUUCCCUCUCCGGAGAGUCUUUAUGGCUGCUGUCCUUCUCUACAUGCUUUUUCUUCGAAUGGAUCCAGCUCUUCCGUCUUCAUUCAUGUGGAUUUCCAAACUUCUUCAACUGCUCAAACAGAUGUGGAGUGCCAUGUGUGCACCGUACUAUCAGGCUCUCACUCAGAGCAAAGAACUGUAAAAGACUGAAAAUCACAAUAUGUUUUGUCCCUUUUUCAAGUUUCAUUAAGCAUGUUUAAACACCAGUCAUAUUAAUGACCUAACAAGGAUAUUUCCAACAGUAUAUUUGCUAUUUUCUGAGUUAGAAUCAACAGACAUUUGAUCCCAUCAAGAUGCUCCACAGACUAAGAGACUGAUUUUAUCACCCAGUUUUAAGUCUUUACAAUGCUUUUCUCAUAAACUCACCUCUAGACCUCACUAACACAUUCAGGAUGCAGAUCCAGAUUGUUCAUUCUGAAGCAACUCUCUCUUCUUCAUAAUACUAACUUUAUUUAAUCAGGAAA